GAUGCGGCCGCGCUGAGCCCCGCGGGGAGCAGCGGUUUGCGAGCGGGGUGUGCGCCUGUCGGCUCUGCUACACCUCCUGGGUGGGGAUGUACUCGUGCUGUAGUCCUGCCGGAGGGCCGUCCCGUUGUGGUUUUGCUGCGGGACGGUUAAUAUGCAUGGAAACGUAUCUAGCUGUGCGUUUGAAAGGGAUGUUCUUGCUGAUUCAAGACAACAUCGUUCUGUCCAGGACUUCACACUGGGGAUAAGGACAUGGGACUCCUCCUGCCAGAUUCCAGAUGGUUCAUUACAACUGACAUCUUCGUUGACAACUGUGAAAAGGAACUUUGGAUUAUUUUAUUUUAUUUUUGUGGGAAACCACAAUCCCCAAACUGUAGGACACAUCAGGUUCCGUGUUUCUUGUAGAAUUUUAAAAUAAUCUUUUCUAAUGAGGAUGUCUGAUAUUCUUACUGUAAAAGAUGAAACUGAUGCAAUGAAGGGUUCAGAAGCUGAAUUUAAAGAUACAGACCCAGUUAAAAACCUUAUAAAAUCAGGAAGUCAGGAGCAGAUUCAAGUGGAAAAGGAUGAAAAUUGUCCUGAUAGCAAAAACAAUAUGCCGGAGAAAAUUCAAAUCCAGUUGUCACAGUGUUGUGAAAAAGAGGAAAAGCCUGCAAAAGAUGAAACUGAAAAGGAGAAGUCCAGUGAUAAAUUGCACAGAAAAAUGUUAUCAAGAGAUUCCAGCCAAGAGUACACAGAUUCCACUGGUAUAGAUCUUCAUGAAUUUUUAGUAAAUACAUUAAAAAACAAUCCCAGGGACAGAAUGAUGCUGCUGAAAUUAGAACAGGAAAUUUUAGAUUUCAUUGGUAAUAAUGAAGCUCCACGAAAAAAGUUUCCCCCAAUGACAUCUUAUCAUAGAAUGCUGUUGCACAGGGUAGCUGCUUACUUUGGAUUAGAGCACAACGUGGACCAGAGUGGGAAGUCAGUCAUAGUAAAUAAAACUAGCAAUACAAGAAUACCUGACCAAAAGUUUUGUGAGCAUAUAAAGGAUGAGAAGAGUGAUGACUUUCAGAAGCGGUACAUCCUUAAAAGAGAUAACUCUAGUUUAGACAAAGAUGACAACCAGAUGAGAAUGCGAUUAAAAGAUGAUAGAAGAAGUAAAUCCAUAGAAGAACGUGAAGAAGAGUAUCAGAGAGCUAGAGAAAGAAUAUUUGCACAAGAUUCCCUGUGUUCCCAAGAGAAUUAUUUCACUGAUAAAAGAAUCCAGGAGGAAGAAACUAAUAGUACACAACAAAGACGGCAGAUAUUUAGAAUCAAUAAAGAAACAUCAGGGAGGUCAGCCAACAGCCACCAGAGCAGUACUGAGAACGAGAUGAAGUAUUGUGAACCUCGUCCCUGGAGCAGCACCGACUCUGAUAGUUCCAUCCGCAGCCUGAAGCCAGCUGUAACGAAAGCCAGCAGCUUCAGUGGGAUCUCAGUUCUGACAAGAGGAGAUAGCUCUGGAAGCAGCAAAAGCACAGGCAGGCUGUCUGAGACAGGUUCAGAGUCUUCUAGUAGUGUAGGGUCAUCCACGGGUUCUCUUUCUCACACCCAGCAGCCUCUUCCAGUGCCAGCUCUAAGCCAGCCUUCUCAUGGCACGCCUGCCGUCUAUUCAACUGUCAGCACUAGUAACUCUCUUUCCUUUGAUGGUGGCAUAAAUGGGCAAGUGGCACCUACUAGCACUAGCUUCUUUUUGCUUCCCUUGGAAGCUGCAGGCAUUCCACCUGGCAGUAUUCUGAUCAACCCUCAAACAGGUCAGCCAUUCCUUAAUCCAGAUGGCACUCCAGUUGUGUACAAUCCUCCUAUGCCUCAGCAACCUGUUAGGACCCAAGUGCCUGGACCUGCACAACAGCCACCUCUUCCCCCACCACCUCAGCAACAGCCAGCAGCUAAUCACAUCCUCUCACAGCCUAUCCGACCUCUGCAGCCUUCUUCCCAGCCUGUUCAGUACUCUGCAGUCUCUUAUCCACCCCCGCUCCUGCCAGUCUCCUCUACCCAGCAAUAUUCUGUGCAAGACAACCUAGGAUCACAGUUUAGCCAUAUGAGUCUUGCCCGUCAGCCGCCUGCUGAUGCAGCUGAACCUCACACCACUAUGUUCCAGUCCACUGUUGUCCUGCAGCCCCCGCAGCAGUCUGGUUAUAUCCUCGCAGCUGCUCCGCCUCCACCACCUUCUGGCCAGCCGGUUUCUGCUGCAGGCUACUCUCCAUCCAGCCACGCUGUCAGCCAGCAGGUCCUUCCGCAGCAGGGAUAUAUGCAGCAACCUGUGCCACAGAUGCCGGCCUGUUAUUGUACCCCCAGUCAGUAUCCGCACUCCAGUCAACAAUAUCGUCCCGUUUCUGUCCAUUACAACACGCAGCAAAACCAACCACUGGCACAGCCUGGACAGCAGACAGGUUACCAAGUUUUGCCUAGCCAGCAGCAAAACUACCAGGGUUUAGUUGGAGUUCAGCAGUCUCAGAAUCAAAAUCUAGUCAGUGGCCAACACAACAAUGUUGGGAAUCAAAUUCAAGGUGUGAUCGUUCCAUAUCCUUCAGUGCCAUCUUACCAGGUUUCGGUGCCUCAAGGUUCCCAGGCAGUGCCCCAGCAGACAUAUCAACAGCCUGUCAUAAUUCCCAGUCAGUCAAAUCAAGGAUUGCCCACAACAGGAAUGCCAGUUUACUACAGUGUCAUUCCAUCGGGUCAGCAGAAUAAUUUAAGUUCAUCAGUAGGAUAUUUGCAGCCUCCUGGAUCAGAGCAGAUACAGUUUCCUAGAACAUCAUCACCAUGUAACUCACAGCAGCUUCAAGGACAGCAAUGUGCAGUUUAUAACAACCAUUCAAGUCAGAAGCCAUCACCUCCUCCAUUAUUGUCACCUUCAUCAAAGUCAAAGCCGCAACAGGCUGCUUCCAUUUUGCACUACAGCAUAGUGUCUCCACCCUCAUGUAAAAGUUCACCCACUGGUCUUUCCAUCAUGCAGCCAAUAAAAGCGGUAGCAGCACCACCAGGUGGAGGAGUAGUAAUGAUGCAGCUAAAUAUACCUAACAACCCUCAGCCUCGGAACCAUUCACCUCCGCAGUGGAAACAAAAUAAAUAUUACUGUGAUCAUCAAAGGGGGCAGAAGUCCACAGAACUUAGCACUUUAGACGGUGCUGCACAGUUGCAGCAUAGUCCUCAACUAGGUAGUCCUGUCACCUCGCCAGCCCAAUCACCAGCACCAGCUCAGCUGUCAAACCUCAAGAACAUCCGUCCCACGUUAACACCUCUUUCUAUUGUGCCCCAGUUUUCUAGACCUUUCAUCCCUGGACAAGGAGAUGCCAGAUACCCAUUGCUCGGCCAGCCCCUGCAAUACAAUCCACCAUCUUUAUUACGUGGACAAGUAGCAAGCCAACAGUGUCAGCCUGGAAACAGACAUGGAAACAGGGGAAAGAAACCAGCAAAGAAGGCUGCGUCAACAGAUCUCGGUGCAGGAGAACCAGUUGUGGGAAAAGUUCUAGAAAUCACUGAACUGCCAGAAGGUAUAACUCGUACGGAAGCAGAAAAACUGUUUGGAGAACUUUUAAAAGUCGGUGCCAAGAUCCGGUGGCUGAGGGAUUCGCAGUGUCUACAAACACAGCAGCAGCAGCACCGGCGUUACUGUGGCAGCGGAGAUAGCAAUGUGAACACUGAGCCAUGCAAACCUACUGACUUGGCCUCCACUUACACGGUUCUAGCUAUGUUCCCUACAAUGUCGGCUGCUCAGAACGCGUUGAAGAAACAAAGUAGUACCUCAGUUAACAAGUUCAGGCUGAGAACAAGCAAGAAGCACUACGACUUUCAUAUCCUGGAAAGGGCUAGUUCUCAGUAGCAUUUACAUUGGUGGACACUCAGCCUUUACUACUUCCAUGUCCUCCUCUCCUUGAUUGGCUUAAUGUGGCGGGGUUUCUGUUCUUUUCACAGAGACUCCCGGGAUGUUUUGUCAUACGUGACAUUAGCCAUUGAAGAAAAACCCAGUGAUCCAGCGAGACGAAGAAGAAAAAGUUAAUACCAGACAAGAGCGAGAAAUCAUCUUUGAGAAAGGCAGCUUUCUAUAAGGAAUGCCGUUGAAAUGCCCCCUACUUUUAUAAUAGUUUUGUUUUAUAUUUUUGAAUUCUUGUAUCAGAUCCAAAGUUCUAUUGUACAGCAAACAUUCAUAAAAGCCCACGUUCAGAUUUGUAUUUUAUAAUCCCUGUUCACUGCCAGCACACAGCUGUCCAUUCCAAAGCAGGAACCUGAGGAUUGGUGUGGGGGAAAAGAGAACCAUUUUCAAGGAAUUAUGCUCAUUUUCUAGUGAAUUGCCCAAAAUGUUCAGAUUAACCAGUUCCUCGUCCCUUGCAUUUCUUUUGUUUUUUAAAGAAAAGAAAUAUAUAAUUUUAGUAACUAGUUAAUUGCUUAGAUGGUUGUUUUCUUUUGAGAUUCAUUCAAGCGAUGUCAAAAGAAAUGACAAGUUCGUUGUGCCCUUGAAGGAUGCGCUUUGAUCCAACCAGCUGAAUAAGUAUUUAAAGGGGAAUAUGAAUAGAUUACAAAGGAUGUUCACUGAAUCACAUUUUAAUAUUUCUUUUUAGCAACAAGGUGAAGAAACUAAAACGUAUCUUCACAAGUGACAAAAUGUUUGCACUUUAAUUGUGUUCCCACCAGUAUGAAUCUCUUUCUCUUUCUAUUCACGCUAAGAUAAUUGUGUUUGAUAAGAGCUGGAAACCUUUUUAAUGGUUUAAGUUUUCAUCAUUUGCAGAUACUCACUGGACAUCAAAAGACUCAUUGCACAUAAAAAUGAAACAAACAUUUUUUUCAAUUUGUGUAAUUUGCAAGGCUGUACAAUGUGUGCUGAUGCAAGCCUUUUUCAGUUCAAGAAAAUAAAUGUUUACAAACACAAACUUUUUCGGUGCACUUGUUUAAACUUGUAGGAGUCUUCUGAAACCUGGAUGAACACACUGAUGGGUUGGAUCCCUAUAAAUGUGAGAAAAUAACUUGAAAAUAACUACUACUGUAACUUUUUUAAACCACCAUCUCUCUUCUUAAAACAUUUAUUUACACUAUCUUCUCCAUUUUUUUAAAUGUUUUCCCCCAUACAAAUGAAAACAGAAUAAAUCAGAGACUAUAAGGGCUGCCCCUGUUCUGUUGUUUUUUUUCUUGUAGCACAGGUGCUGACUUGCUGUGUAGAUAAGUAACAACCUGUUUCCUUCCUUUAAGGCCAUUGCUUUGUAAAACGUGCAUUUUUAAUUCCUCUAAGUGGACACUCAAGCUAAAUGUUAUAUUUAAAAACAUUUAACAGAGGUUAAGUAAAGAA